AUGUCAUAUUCCGUUCUUGUUCAGCGGGCGCGGGAUCUGGUUCAUAAGAUCUCUAAAGAAAUCACCUCUGAGUAUGGCUUAAGCUCCAUGGCACCGUCCAUAUACGAUACUGCCUGGCUUGCCUUAGUCCCUGACAAGACAGCAGACCAAAAGGGCUGGCUUUUCCCCGAAAGUUUCACCUACCUUCUUGACACUCAAAACUUGGACGGCGGCUGGGAUCCCCUAGAACAAUCUAGCAGAGCGGUUAAAUACUCGGACUCUCUCUGGCUGCCUGACUGUAUCAUUCACUCCCUAGCAGCCCUACUAGCUCUGUGCCGACACUUUCGUCUCGCCGCAUGUCAGGGCUCAGGCCUCCCGGAAGAUGCCCUCGCGAGGAUCUUCCGUGCGAAGCGAUUUUUAGACGAGAAGCUUGCCGCCUGGACUCUAGAAGGGACAACUCACUUUGGAUUUGAACUCCUAAUUCCCGUCCUACUGCAACUCUUAGCGGAAGAAGGCCUCUCGUUCGAAUUUCCCGCCAAGGAAGAGCUACUCAUCCGGUAUGAGAAGGCCUCAAGCAUUGACUUAAACUGGCUGUAUGAUGGUCCCUGCCAGGUUCCACUCCUAUCACUCGAGGCCUUCAUUGGCAAGUUAAACUUUGGUAAGAUUGAGCACUUAGUCAGUGAUGGCGGAAUCAUCGCUUCUCCAGCCUCCACCGCAGCAUACCUGAUCUACGCUCCAAAGUGGAGUGACAAAUGCGAGGCCUUCCUUCGCCAUGUCGUAGCAAACGGCCAAGGGCAAGGCAAUGGUGCAGUAGGAGGAGUGUUUCCUCUGGAGCUUUUCGAACCAAGCUGGGUGCUGACUGCACUCCUUGAGCAUGGAUUCACGGCCGAGAACCUGGGCGUGGACCAAGUAGACUCUAUCCUCAGGGUAAUACAUAGAAGCCUCAACGGGGGUGUCAUCGGUGCCACUCAUGUCUUCCUCCCUGACGCCGACGAUACCUCCCGAGCCCUCACAACACUGAACCUCCAGGGUUACCAAAUCAGCCCGAAAGGCCUCCUCGAUAAAUUCGAAGUGGACCACUGCUUUGAAACCUUCGACAACAGAAUGCCGAACCGCGUGACCAGCGUCAGCGUCAACGGCAAUGUCCUAUCCUCUCUCCUCCAUAGCCCAGACCCCAGUGCUUUUACCGCACAGAUAGAGAAAGUCGCCCGGUUUAUAUGUAGUCGAUGGCAAGCAGCUGGGAAGCUCGAGGAUCAUUGGAACAUGUCCGAGUACUACGGGAUCAUGCACAUAGCCCAAUCCCUUAUCCUUCUUCUAGUAAAACAAUCCCAAGGCGCUUUACCCUCCAUUUCUGUCGUCUCCUACCACCUCAUCCACGACACAGUCCCAUCCUGCCUUCGUGAGGCGCUGGAUUACAUUCUGAAAAAUCAACACGCGGACGGCUCGUGGGGCGAGCUGCAUUGCAACGAAGAAACGGCCUAUGCAGUCGUUGCUCUAGCCAAUCUAGGGUCCCAUUUGGCUGUUGUUAGGGAGAAUGACUGGAAGGUCGACUUAGCGAUUGCUCGGGGCAAGCAAUUUUUGUUGGAGCAUUGGCUGCCCGGAAAUACGAAGCCGGACCGUGUAUGGACAGGGAAGAUUCUUCAUGGCCUUGCUUAUGUUGGGGAAGCAUAUAUUCUUGCUGCGUUGAAGGUGAAUAGGGUUAAUUUGGCGGCGGCCAGGGGAAUCUACCCUAACUGA